AUGGCAUCUUCUUCCCAACAAGAACCCCACCCCUCACUAUAUCUGUACAAUGACGACGAUCCUCUGCCGGCCGUCGACAAAGAAUCGAACGACGGCGACGACGCACCGGAGAUCAGAAUCGAAGCGGUUCCACACUACCUUGCUCUCGAUGCUUCCGCUUCCAUAUCUUCCGUCUACGUUUUAAUUAAACUGGUUGCCCCGCCGAUGUCUGAAUUCCGGCAAGAGCUCCGGCAUGCUCCGAUCGACCUCGUUAUAGUGCUCGACUCGAGCCAAUGCAGCUUCGACGACUCGUACAUGGCUCACAUUAAAGAAGCACUUCAUUUCGUUAUACAGAACUUAGGCCCCUUCGACCGGCUUUCGAUCGUGUCGUUCGCGAAUCAAGCUCGACGAAUUUUACCGUUGCGCGCAAUGAAUGGCCGCGGGCGAGAACAUGCGGCGGCAGCAGCCGAGUCGAUCGUGGUCGAAGGUGGCUCGGCGAAUCUUGCCGAGGGGUUGAAACAGGGGAUUCGAGGAAAGGCGAUACGACGAAAAUCAUUUCCUAUUCACGCCUUCGGCAUUGGUCGGGACCAUGACGCUGUCGCAAUACACGCGGCGUCGGAUAAAUCCGAGGGCAGCUAUACGUUCCUCGAGUCGUAUGGAACAGUUCUUGAGGCGAUUUCUAGCUGCAUUGGAGGUCUUUUAAGCGUCGUCGCGCAAGAUGUUCGCAUAACGGUAUCGGUGACCUUGCCGGUAGAAAUCAAAGAGGCGUACACCGGAGGGUUCAAAAAGAUCAAGUCCGGUGAAAAGAAUCAAGUUACAGUACACGCCGGGGACUUCUACGCCGACCAGAAAAAGGAAUUCGUCGUCCGUAUAGUGAUCCCUCAGCUGUUUUGUGAAAACAUCGACGGAUUUGGGAAGGCGCCACCGGUGAAUAUCGUAUGUUUAUACGACGAUUUGGUGACACAACUCUCGGUGUUGGUAAAGUGCCCCUUACUCGAGCUGGACAGGGCGACGACGACAUUCUUGCCAGGCGAAGAAUUUCGACCAGGAAAUGAGAUUAAUGCAUUCUUUGCCUGCCUUAUUAGCGCACAUCGGAUCGAACUUGCUCGAUCGUAUCUAGAGGAGGGCAAUUUGUCGAAGGGGACGGCUGUUAUCUCGAAAGCUAUAAAAUUCCUCGACUCCUUAUCUGCCGCUGUUCAUGAUGAUCGAUGCGGUUGGGCUUCGGGUGAGAUGCACGAGAUUCAAAAAAGAGUAAGAAGUUUGGAGGAGUACAAAGCCGGUGGACGAGCUUACAUGCUCUCGACUAUAAGUUCGCUAAAGUUUCAAAGGGCGACGACAAGAGGCGAUCGACUGCCCAAGGCAUUCACGAUGCGAGAAAAAGCUUUCGACGAAUGCGACGCAGCUCCUAAAAUGGCUACAAAGAUGAAAGACAGCUUUAUUACCGACGGAAAUCGCAUCGAAGAUUGGAUGCCAUUGUCGUCAUCCCUACAAGGUUUCCAUUUACAGAAUAUAUCUGCUGACAUUGAGUCGAAGUUAAAGUGA